AUGAAAUUUUUGAUAUUCUUUUCAUUUAUUGUUGGCUACUGUAUUGCAGAAAACCCAUUCUCCCUAGAUUAUCGAUGUGUGAAUGGAACAAAAUCAACUUGUCCAGCUAGGAGAUCAAGCAGUUCUUUUGUUUGUAAAUACAGUGAGAUAAAAUCCAGAUGUCAUGUAAAAUAUAAUUCAACAUCUGUGGCGAUUCAGGCAGCAUUAACAGCAAAGAAGAAAAAAUGCAAAAAGUGUCAGGGUUCACCAGGAGCUAAAAGACAAUGCUCCAAGAAUUCUUGUAUUCUGAAAGCUUCAGGAUUUAGCUGCGCUCUGGAUUUAGAAGAAUAUAAUCGGAAACAACGUGCUGCUGCAAGACGAUAUUGUGCUGAUGAUCUAUUGGUUUCAAGAAAGUGUAAUAGCUAUUACUGCGCGGAAAAACAGACUGAAAAAGCGGAAAGGGCGGAAACGUGCCCGAAUGCUAUUUCCGCAUUUGAUGAGAUGUGUAAAAUUUAUAAUCGAAGCGUAAGUUUUAAACCAGGUAGCAAACAUGAACUUUAUUUUCUAAUUUUCGCAGAAAUGUAAUCGGCGGCGAAGUGCAACAUGCUGCAAAACUCGAAAAUGCGCGGCGAUCAAAGAUCCAACUUGCAAAGCUUGUGAAACAUCAAAGCGAGAGGCUUGUCUUCGACAAAAAGCAGCAUCUUCUUCAACUUCUACAGUUCUAACAGUUUCAUCGUGUCCAGGUUGUAAGAAAAAGAGUUGUCAAAUCAAAUCAUGUAUUGCAAGUGGAGCAUGUAAAUCUUCCUCGUCAUAA